UGUAUGAUUGAUCCUCUGAGGACGCUGUUGAAGUUUAUAUUCACUGUGCCGAGUGAUACUUUGUAAAAAUUAGCUGGACAAAAUCUUUCAAACAUGUGGAGAGUAUUUGUGCCGCUGCUAUUAACAUUAUUCUUUGAGAACUCACUUCAAGAUUCAGCAUCAAAAUAUUCCAGAAUCAAUCCAUCAAACAAUUCACCUAAUCCAAAAACUUUUCCUGGAACAACAGAUUCCAAUGCUUCUCAGUUGUUCAACUCAUCCCAACUGCAGCCAUUGAUAAAUGUCAGUGCAAGUGUCAUCAAUCACACCACCGGAAUAAUCAACACCAGGAUCAUUCCCUCCGCAUAUGUCCUAGCCAUCCUCAUCGGGAUCCCCUCAAAUGUCUUUGUACUGGCUUGCCUCAGUGGAAGAAAGGUUCUGUCAAGCGGUAUCCUAUAUUUUAGCCUAGCCCUUUCAGACCUUCUCCUGCUGUUUUCCCUAACAUUCAGAGUCCAUUAUCAUCUCAAUAACAGCGACUGGAUUUUUGGAGAACUAGCUUGCAAGCUGGUGACGGCCUGCUUUUAUGGAAACAUCUACUGCUCCCUUCAUGCCCAUAUGUGUAUUAGCGUGAUGCGAUAUCUUGCGGUGGUUCACCCAUUCCUCUACAGGACAAUGCGGAAGAGAUACUGUGCCAUCUGGACAAGUUUAACCAUUUGGGCAGUUUUCGCGAUUGCAAUGGCACCCGAGUUUGUGGUUCAGCAAAGCUUCCGGGUUUCUGGCCAAGAGUUUGUGACGUGUCACGAUAUCCAACCUUACGAAAACGCAUCUUAUCAAGUUUUGAUUCCAUACAGAUUAAGUUUGAUCUGCGUAGGCUUUUUUUUGCCCUCCAUGGUCAUCGCAUUUAUUUACGGAUCCAUCAUUUACCAUCUCAAUCGCUCUAGCCAAGACUGGAAACGCUACAUUAAGGCCAGCACACUGGUGUUUGUGAUCUUUCUGGUGUGUUUUGCUCCAUGCAAUUCACUUCUUUUCGCACAUUAUGUGAAGUUGUACACACAGCGACAGUACGACUUGUAUGCUUACUAUCGAGUGGCCGUAUGUCUGUGUUCUUUUCACAGCUGUCUGGACCCUUUCCUCUCUUAUCUACUCACAAAGACUUCCACUUCCCAAGUCAAGUUUAGAUCAUUCAGCUCUAUACCUUUGAAGGCUUUGUCCACAAUUUGAGUCCUUCUAAAUAGCAGGAUGUUUUUCCCGCGGACUCUAAGAGGGGGGUUUUCUUAUCUAAAAUAGGAAGAGGAUGUGUUGUGGGUUGGACAACCCACUUUGAACAUAGUAGAAGCUCCUUAUUCAGUUGGAGAGAAGUGUACUCUCAAGUCAAGAAGAAUAUAAGAGCAGAGGAAUAAAGAGCUGAAUAAGAUGUAAUUCAUAAACAAAAGACUGGUUAAGUGCUGUUUUUGCUCUCACCUUGCAGAUGUGGUCUUUGGUGGUCAACAGUAGAUCGUGAUAGUGUUUCGCAUUGGCUGCUUUGACUCCCUGUAGUUUAGCCGUAGAGAGCAGGAGGGCGGUGAGCGUCUUCUCUGGGUCCCCAGAAUGUAAGGCUUCGUUGAUCUCAGCGAUAGCAAUUACUCCUAAACAAGGGGAUUUGAUGUAUUCUAUUUAUAUUGCUGCAAUUUAUGCUACAAAUUAUUUGUGCUAGAAUGCAAUGCUAUCUUUGAAAUGUAAGAAAAAUACGCUGAAAAUUUUUG